AUGCCUGAGUCUAUUCCUAGGUUCUCUUUUGAGGCUGAGAACACUGAUCCUCCGGGAACGUUUAAGUUAAUUCGCGACGACGAGACCGAUAUGCAUGGGCAACGGACCGUUAUGCUCGACCCGGUCCCUUCGUCUGAUCCGAAUGAACCACUGAAUUGGAGCAUGAUUCGGAAAUUGGUCAACUUUGGAAUUGUCCUGGCUAUGACAAUCGUCAUCUUCACAGCACUGUCCAUUCAAGCUAUAUUUUGGCAACAGAUGGCUAUUGAUAUGAAGUUGACUCUGAAAGAUCUGAACAAAGCAUGCUCAGUGAACUACGUUGGGCUUGCAAUUGGCUGCAUUCUAUUUAUCCCGAUUUCAAAGAAAUACGGCCGUCGCCCGGUCUAUAUUGUGUCAGCAGCGUUGAUGUUAGCAACGUCAUUCUGGAUUUCGCGAAUCGACUGUUUGGCAGAGCUUUAUGUUGCCAACUUGGUACAGGGCUUGGCCGGUGCAACGAACGAAUCAAUUGCAGAGAUAACAAUUGCCGAUUUGUUCUUCGUGCAUCACAGAGGAAGUAUGAAUGGGCUAUACAUGACUUGUGUCAUGAUAGGUAAUUUCCUAACUCCCAUGGCUGCAGGCGCCCAGGCUACUCGACAUGGCUGGCGCUCGUCGUAUCAAACUAUGGGUAUUUUCAAUGCUUUUGUCUUCGUUGUCUUCCUUUUCUUCUACGAGGAAACGAAGUACAUUCCGUUGUUCACUGGAAAAGCCGAUACUGUCAUCAAAGAGAAUGAUGUGGUGAACCAGGGCAAAAGCCAUGAGCAGGUCAGGGUCGAGGCAGCAUCUACUACCCCGGGCUCAUCAAUCACUGAACGGACUACAUCGCACCAUAUGCUGGACCUAACCAUUCCCCAGAGGCCAUGGCACAAGCGAUUUGCUUUUGUAACGCAGACUCCUGAGCCAAUUUGGCCGCAUUUCUAUCGACCCUUCUGCGUCCUUGUCUUUCCUGCCGUCACAUUUGCUGCUCUGCAGUAUGCAGCUGGUAUAGUAUGGCUUACUGUCACCACAAGUGUUCUCUCGCUCAGAUUUCCCGAAGCCCCGUAUUUCUUCUCACCCGCACAGAUUGGAUAUACAGGCACUGGACCCCUGAUAGGAAACAUAAUCGGCGCUGUCUAUGGCGGUCUGAUCAGUGAUUGGUCGAUUCUGUACUAUGCCAGACGUAAUAGGGGGUAUUACGAGCCAGAGAUGCGGCUAUACAUCCUGCAUUUACCGGCUGUCUUUAUGGCCGGGGGCAUUAUCAUGUUCGGUGUGACAGUCUCGCGGGGGAUGCAUUGGAUUUGGCCCAACUUGGGGGGUGCUUUCUUCGCAUUUGGUCUUGGAGCUAUCAGCGAUGCUGUUUUGGUGUUCGUCAUGGACAGCUACAGAGAGAUAACCGGUGAAGCCUUUACUGCUGUAACGUUUAUGCGCAAUGCUCUGAGUAUCGGCAUUCCGUUUGCAAUUUCUCCAUGGAUUGAACGAAGUGGGAUCCAAAAUAUGUUCAUCGUGUGCGGGACAGUCAGUCUCGCCAUUACCGCGUUGACCAUUCCUAUGAUUCUCUGGGGCAAGUCUGCUAGGGUUGUGCUGGCAUCCCAAUACCAUGAUAUUGAGGAUGAGCACGGGCACGCCGGCGCCCAGUGA